UUCACAAUCAAAAAGCUAAUAAUUAUCUGUUCCCUUGCUGUCAUCUUAUAAGGGUUCAUCAAAUUUCUUCACCACUUUCCUUGAACCCCCUCAUCUUAUAUAUCUAUAUAAACAGUUCAAUAUUCAUUCAUCACCUUCAUCAAAGAAAAAACUCACAUUACAUACAUUCAUAUUUCUUCAACAAAUUUUUGUAUUGAUAUUAAAGGAUGGCUGAAAUUGGCAAAGGAAUUGACUUUGAGGAUUUGUUACCGGUGAUCGCGAAUAAGCUAGGUGGUGAAGGUUUAAUGAAGGAACUAUGUAAUGGUUUCAAGUUACUUAUGGAUAAAGAAAAAGGUGUGAUCACUUUGGAGAGUCUAAGAAAAAACUCAGCAUUGAUGGGUUUGCAAGAUUUGAAGGAAGAUGAGCUUGUGAGCAUGAUGAGAGAAGGUGAUCUUGAUGGUGAUGGUGCACUCACUGAGAUGGAGUUUUGUGUUUUGAUGUUUAGAUUAAGUCCUCAAUUGAUGGAAGAGUCAUGGUUUUUGCUUGAAGAAGCAUUGGAUCAUGAACUUAAGUAGCAACCAUUCAUUUUAAAGAGUCAUUGUUCUUUUGACUAUUUUGAUUCUUUUUUACAUUUGAUAUUGGUUAGAGGAGAAAUACAACUUAUACAUGUAUCACAAUUUACAACUAUUCAUCCUAAUGAAAAUUUAAUUGGAUCAAUGUUCUGCAUUUAUGAA